ACCGUUUAUCGUUGAUUGCCAUGUUUUUGUUUUUUAUUUUCUUUUUACGGUUUAUUUAUGUUGGCAAAUAUGAGCCAUAUGUUUCACGUUGCAAGCGCCGGGCUUUCCCUUUCUUCAAACUACACGCAUUCGUUCUAUAACCCUCGAUCGGCGAUGUUGAAGUUGAAAAUUUGAAAACCCUAAUCGAUGUGAGGGGCUAUGAUUUUUGUGGAAAAAUUGAUGCGCAGCCGAUUUUUUUUUUCCAUUGGUUUGUUUCUCGAUAUGUUAAUUGCUAUGCAUGUUCUUGGUCCAUUCCUUAUAUCUGUAGUCGUUCUCGCAGAAAUAGAGAGACAGAGAAAAGAGAUCCCAAGGACUUGGUCUCCUAUAAGUUGGGUUGCGUUGUCAAUCUCUUUUGACUGCGAGCCCAGUUUCAACACGUUUCCUCGUUAUCCUGCUUUGGCGAAUUUGAUCUGCUUCGCCUACAUGGCUUCAUUACAUGGAAACUUUCAUCGGCCUCUAUCGGCGUUGGCCGCUGUUGCCCUCGCGGCGGUGUCUUCUGACUACAUCCCAGAACGAUUUGCUGGUCAGAAAUCUUCAGAUGUCAUCCCUCCUUCUGUUCCCAGCUCCUCAAAGCAGUCUGAUUCACGGGCUUCUGCAAUCUCAGAGACUAAGAGUUUAGGUAUCUCUUUUAUGUCAAAGGCUUGGCCACUGGUCAAUUCGGGCAUUUCUCAUUCAGCUGAGUUCAUGUUUGGUUCUUCGUCUUCGAUUGCUUCACCACCUGCACCUCUUGAUCCAUACCGCUAUGCAAAGCUAGCCAAGCCAUCUAAUGGUCAGGUGUUUAAUCCCAAGACAACUCAUUCAUCAGAUGUUCUCUACCGAUGGCAUCUCCCAGACCCAAAUGCUGAUGGGAUGUUAGGGAAGUCAAAUUGCUCAUCCUCAAAGUCUCAGACAGUUGUCGUUUUGUUGGGAUGGUUGGGUGCAAAACAGAAGCACUUGCAGAGAUAUGCUGAGUGGUACACUUCCAGGGGUUUUCAUGCCGUGACCUUCACCUUUCCUAUUUCUGAAAUUGUUAGCUACAAGGCUGGUGGGCAAGCAGAAAUUGAUGUGGAAAUGCUUGCAAACCAUCUAGCUGAUUGGGUUGCAGAAGAAAGUGGGAAGAACUUGGUCUUCCACACGUUCAGUAACACGGGCUGGCUAAUAUAUGGAGUUGUUCUUGAGAAGUUUCAGAAGCAAGAUCCUUCCGUAAUGGGAAAGAUUAAAGGUUGUAUUGUGGACUCUGCCCCUGUGGCUGAUCCUGACCCACAGGUUUGGGCUUCCGGAUUCUCUGCUGCCUUUUUGAAAAAGCGGAGCGUGGCUGCCAAAGGCAUAGUAGAUCCUAAUAUUUCGUUGGAGCAGCCAAAACCUGCAGUUCUUGAAGCUGUCAUGUUAACUGUUUUGGAGAAAUUCUUUGACGUGGUUCUGAAUCUUCCUGCUAUUAACAGGAGGUUAACAGAUGUGUUGGAAAUAUUGUCCAUGGAGCAGCCAAAAUGCCCACAAUUGUACAUCUACAGCUCUGCUGAUAGGGUUAUUCCAGCCAAAUGCGUUGAAUCCUUUGUGGAGAAGCAAAGAAGAGCCGGCCAUGAGGUCAGGGCCUGUAAUUUUGGGAAUUCACCUCAUGUGGACCAUUUCAGAAAUCAUCCAAAUCUCUAUACUUCGCAGCUCACCAGCUUCCUUGUAGACUGCGUCUUGUCAUGCAGCAAAGAGUCUUCAUAAAGAAGUCACUAACUUGAAUUUAUAUUUUUCAUUUUUUAUUAUAGUUAAAAAUUCACAUCCAGUUUUUUUUUCCUCCUCGGCAGUCAAAUUGGCUCUGCUGGAUAUUGUAUUUAUUUAUUUAUUUAUUUAUUUUAACAGAUAGGCUAAUUUACA